AGAGAGAGAGUUACCGAGAUGAGACCCCAUGAACAGAACCCUCCUAGUUUUGGCCAAGAAGUAGAAAGGUGUAAUGACAAUAAGUUGCUUCAGCUCUAUGAAGCGGCCUUGAGCGGUUCUCUCCCCACCUUGACCAUGUUGAUCCGAAAUGAUCCCCAAAUUCUGCACAGAGCAUCUCUUUCUUCCAGACCUGAAACUCCAUUGCACAUAUCAGCUUUGUCUGGCCAUCUUGAUUUUACCAAAGAUCUCUUGACUCGAAAACCUGAACUUGCAUCCCGACUGGACUCUUUCAAAUGCUCACCUCUUCACCUUGCAUCCGCCGAGGGCCAUACCGAGAUUGUAAAAGCUUUGUUGGGAGCAAAUAAAGAGGUUUGCUUGGUUGCUGAUGAAGAGGGGAGAAUUCCACUCCACUUAGCAGCAAUGAGGGGAAAGGUUGAGGUCAUACAAGAAUUGGUCGACGCACAGCAUGACUCGAUCCGUCAAAAACUGAAUGGGAGUACUGUUCUACACCUUUGUGUCCAAUUUAACCAGUUAGAGGCUCUAAAGCAGUUGGUAACACUGGUGGAUGAGAACCAACUUCUCGAUUAUACAGACCAUGGAGGCAACACCAUAUUGCAUUUGGCUGUCAUGCUAAGGCAGUUGGAGACCAUAACAUUCUUGGUUUCGGUGCCUGAAAUAAAAGCAAAGAUAAAUGUCUUAAACAGGAUGGGUUUGAGCGCCUUGGAUUUGUUAAACCAUUAUCCAAGAGAUUCCAAAAGCCUUGAAAUUGGAGAAAUUCUUAUCAAAGCUGGAAGUAGAUCAACUCCAAUCCAAUCACAAUUAGUUCCAGUUGCUGUAGGUAGGGAGAUCCAAGUGGAGACAGUGAAUUCGAGGUCGUUCACCUCCGGGCUGAAAGGGAAAACAAAGUCCGUGUACCAAAAAUGCAAAAGCUACUUCAAACAUCGUUCUGAUUGGGUGGAGGAGAUGCAGGGGACACUGAUGCUGGUGGCGACGUUAACUGCAACCAUUUCUUUCCAAGUUGCAACCAACCCACCUGGCGGUGUUUGGCAACAAGAUUACACAAACACAACCGCUGGUAUGUUCAAUUGCAGUAAGGAUUAUGGAAAAUGUGUAGCUGGAACCGCUGUGCUGGCCUAUGUUUUUCCUGGAAACUACCUGGUGCUCACAAUUGUAGCGAUUAUCUCUUUCAUUGCAUCUCUGAGUGUUGUCCUUCUAGCGAUCAGUGGGCUUCCUCUCAAGAACAAGCUUUGCACAUGGCUUAUGACAAUAGCUAUGAUCAUUGCAAUUACGUUCGUUUUACUUACCCUCGUAGGUGCAAUUGUGGUAGUCACCCCUGAUCAUAUCUUUUCUACAAUUGCCGAGGCAUUAGAUGUUACAGAGAUUAUCUGGAUUGCUUUGGUUGGAAUUGUUGCUGUGUUUGCCACCAUCCGCCUUCUCUUUUGGCUGUUCCGUCUUUUGACCAAGUUAAAACACUUCUUACGGAAAAUGCUAUCACGUCCACUGAGGAACCAAGCUCCCAUCUGUUGAGAAGUAUAAUUUUGGGGAAAAAAAAAGAUUUGAAUAAUCACUAGUUAUCUCGUAUGUUAUUAUGGUUAAUGUUGUGUUUUUUUGGAUUAGAAGUCUAUGUCUAAUCAAAGUUUAUGUUGGAGGUGAGUCUAUGUUCAUUAUGAUAUUUAGUAUCCAUACACUAUUAAUAUAUAGAUGUAUACACUAUCAACGUAUU